UUGUAGAACUUUGGACCUUGUCGUCAUCGCAUGAUUGCAAGGCACUGUUUUUUUUAGUUUAAUAAUAUACAUCUUGAAAACACGAGUAAAAAUCAAAAAUUUCUGUAACAAUGUUUUCUACCUGCAUCAGAACAUUACGGACUGCUAGUAAAUUUGGCCCAUUGGCUCGUUAUGAGUCUACUUUAGUCAUUGCAGAACAUAAUAAUGAAAGUUUGCUACCGAUUACCAGCAAUACAUUAACAGCUGCUAAGAAAAUCGGUGGCGAUGUAACUGUCUUAGUCGCUGGCACAAAAUGUGAGGCAGUUGCACAAAGUGUAUGCAAAGCCAAGGGGGUUUCCAAGGUUCUCCUCGCAGACAGUGAUGCGUUUAAAGGAUUUACUGCAGAAUCAUUGACACCACUUAUACUUAAGCUAUGCAAUGACCAUAAAUUCACACAUAUAUUAGCUGGUGCGAGCGCAUUUGGCAAAGCAUUGCUUCCCAGGGUUGCAGCUAAAUUAGAUGUAUCUCCAGUAAGUGAUAUUAUUGGCAUCAAAGCAUCGGACACUUUUGUACGCACUAUAUACGCUGGUAAUGCUAUUCAAACCCUCAAGUCUAAAGAUAAUGUCAAAGUAGUAUCUGUAAGAGGCACCUCUUUCGAGCAACUACCACUGGAAGGUGGUGAUGCCAAAUGUGAAAAUGUUCCCGCUGGUGACAUCUCAAGUCAAGUGCAAUAUAUUAAACAGGAACUCAGCAAAUCCGACAGACCAGAAUUGACAUCUGCUAAGGUCGUGAUCUCUGGCGGACGUGGAAUGAAAUCCGGAGAUAAUUUCAAAUUAUUGUAUACACUGGCAGAUAAGUUCAAUGCGGCAGUAGGAGCAUCCCGUGCUGCGGUUGAUGCAGGAUUUGUGCCAAAUGAUUUGCAAGUAGGACAAACUGGAAAAAUUGUUGCUCCUAAUCUGUAUAUAGCAGUUGGAAUUUCGGGUGCAAUUCAACAUCUUGCUGGUAUGAAGGAUUCCAAGACAAUUGUGGCUAUUAACAAGGAUCCAGAGGCUCCCAUCUUUCAAGUGGCGGAUUAUGGAUUGGUGGCAGAUUUAUUUAAAGCUGUACCAGAACUUACAGAAAAAUUAUAAAUUCUAUAUUGUUCA